GUUGUUUGCCAACCGCCAAUAAACCUCAAAGAAGAAGAAGAAUAAGAAGGAAUCAAAACUAGGAACCAAAGUCUCGGCCGUCUGUUUCGCGGACACAUUUUCAGAGCGCACCUACAGAAGGAGUCGGGAGGAGCAGUUCUGAUCGUUUCAGGAAACCAGCCGUUAAACCAUCCGUAAGCUCCGUGGAAACCAGAGAUGCCGAAAAAGAAGACCGGUGCCCGUAAAAAGGCUGAGAGUCGUAAAGAGCGAGAGAAACAGAGCCGAGCCAACCGGGAUGUGGUCGAUGUGGCCAAACACCCCUGCAACUCUAACAUGGACUGUGACAAAUGUCAGAGAAAACAGAAGAACAGAGCUUUCUGCUACUUCUGUAAUUCAGUGCAGAAGCUGCCUGUCUGCGCUCAAUGUGGCAAAACCAAGUGCAUGAAGUCCUCAGAUUGUGUCAUCAAACAUCCUGGGAUCCACACCACUGGAAUGGCCAUGGUGGGGGCAGUAUGUGACUUCUGUGAAGCUUGGGUGUGCCACGGCAGGAAAUGUCUGAGCACUCACUCCUGUGUGUGUCCUCUGACUGAUGCAGACUGCAUCGAGUGUGAACGCGCUGUCUGGGAUCAUGGAGGGCGAAUCUUCCGCUGUUCCUUUUGCCAAAACUUCUUGUGUGAGGAUGAUCAAUUUGAGCACCAGGCGAGCUGCCAAGUCCUCCAGGCAGAAACAUACAAAUGUGUUUCUUGUAACAGACUGGGACAACAUUCCUGCCUGCGCUGCAAGGCCUGUUAUUGUGACGACCACGCCAAGAGUAAGGUCUUCAAACAGGAGAAAGGCAAAAACCCGCCCUGCCCCAAGUGUGGUCACGAGACACAGGAGACCAAAGACCUCAGCAUGUCCACUCGCACGUUGAAAUUCGGCCGCCAGGCUGGUGCUGAUGACGACGACGACGACGGAGCGUCAGGGUACGACUCCUACUGGAAGAACCUAGCAUCUGGCGGCGGCCAGCAGGACAACUAUGGAGAGGAUGACGACGAUGAGGAAGAUGAGGAUGAUGAUGAUGAAGAUGAGGAUGAUGAUGAUGAGGAGGAAGAUGAUGAAGAGGAAGAAGGAGAAGGUGAAGAGGAAAAGGCUGCCGAUUCCGUGGCUGCCCUUAAACUGGACGGGGCUGCCUGAGCUGAGACAGACUGGAGAGACACAGUCCCGUAGAUCCAAAUGAGCCUCAGCGGACGUUCACUUGUUACAAUGCAACAAUUAAUCGGGACAUAUAUUAAGAAUUCACGAACAUAGUUCAUAUUAGUACAGAUACUCUGAGGAAUAUAUAUAUAUAUAUAUAUAUAUACUGUAUAUAUAUACAGUAUAUUUCUCUACAAAACCCACUCAAGCAGCCGCACAAGAACUAGAAGAAUAACAGAAAUUGACUGAUAAAAAAAUAAGUGAGCAAGAUUAUGAAUCUGACCAGACUUUCAAAAGAAUCGUUUUCUGCUUUGUUGUUACAUUCAGGGCUGGAUUAAUACACUAGGAGGCCCCGGGGUCAGAAUUUGCUCAAAUCCCUUUUAAUUAGGAAUAUGCACCAUGUCAAUUUUGACACAGGGCCCCUCCACAAGAGGGUUGCGUAAUAGAGUUGCACAGUGGAAGGCACCAAAGUAUUUUUCCAAAUGGUAAAUUCCCCUAUCAAAAUUUUCUUUGAAACAUUUUCUGAAUGUUCCUCAACAUAGAAACACAAAAAUCUCCUGGAUAAUGUAACAAUGCUCUAAGUUAUGAUCAUCAGUUAUGAUUAUUUCAACUUUGUGUCAAAGAUGUUUUUUUCACAGUCAGUGUCAGUUUGGCAUGGCAUAUGGCUCUGAAUACUAAAACACCCAUGAGCAUCAGUUGCAUCAUUGCAGUUGUUAACAAAAAUGGCACUAUAGACCCUUUUACAGCCGACGUCAUUGAAAAUGUGCGCGCAACUUAAGUCCCAGCCAUCAAGACAAGUUUGCUUUAAAAUGUUUACCGGCAACAAAAUAUCUGGUUGUUGCGUGUUCAGCUGUGAGAAUCGAUAUGCCAACAGCAGACUCAAGUUCUAUAGACUUCCGACAAGACUACGACCGUUUCAGAGCAACAGGUGUUUUGAGUUGAGUGACCGCGUUAACUUGUGACUUUCAGCCGAAUGCGUCCACGGUUGCUCGUGGUAGCUUACAUAAACGGUCAGCUUAGAUAAUAGACACAGAUGAGUAUGUGUAAUAUAUUAAUGCCCUUGCAGAGCUUGGCAAGCUAUUGGACUCCGCCGUACUUCUGUUGCCAAAAUGUGUGUGCACAAGUACGUCAUCAUUGUUUGCAAACUGUAAAAGGGUCUAUAGUUGCCAAAUGUAUCCCAACUUGACCCAAAAGCUGAAAGUGAAUUUAUUUAAGCCGCAGUUUGGUCAUCAUUUAAAAAAAAAAAAAAAAAAAAAGGUUCUCUUGUUUGUUCGCUAGCUCGUUAUUAGCGGCACAUAACAGAAGUUUAAGGUUGGUGAUUAGAUUGAUUACAGAAAUGCACCUU